AUGGCUGAACCCACAGAGACCACCACCGUCGCAGCGGCAGCAACAGCAGCAGCGGCGGCAGCAAGUACAACAACACCACUACCCACGCCCUCCUUCAAGCUUAAAUUCUGCACCGUCUGCGCAUCCAACAACAACCGCUCAAUGGAAGCCCACCUCCGCCUCUCAACAGCAACCACCGGGUUCCCUGUGAUAUCCUUCGGAACCGGCUCGCUCGUCCGGCUCCCCGGCCCAUCAAUCACCCAACCGAACGUGUACAGCUUCAACACCACCUCCUACCAACACAUGUACGAAGAACUGCGCGGCAAAGACGAGCGGCUCUACCGCAGCAAUGGCAUCCUGACCAUGCUCGACCGCAACCGCAACCUGAAAUGGGGGCCCGAGCGCUUCCAGGACUGGGUGCCGGGCAUGCCACGGACGGAGCAUGUCGAAAAGGGGGACAAGGGUGCCAACGGCACGGAGGGCGGCGUCGUUGAUGUUAUCAUUACGUGCGAGGAGCGGUGUUGGGAUGCGGUUGUUGACGAUCUCAUGAAUAAGGGGUCGCCGCUGAACAGGCCGGUGCAUGUCUUUAAUGUUGAUAUCAGGGAUAAUCAUGAAGAGGCCCUGCUGGGGGGGAAGGCGAUUCUUGAUCUGGCAGAUCGGCUGAAUGAGGCGGCUGUCAUGGAGAGAAAUGUGAAUGGGACUGCUGGGUGGGAGAAUGGGUCUGGUGCCGCGAGGCAGAGCUUUGAUGAGAAGGUUCCUGAGAUUCUGGCGGAGUGGCAGGAGAAAUAUCCGCAUCUGCCUGCUCUGUGGACGCUGGCUUGGUUGUGA